UUUUUUUUUGUGGUUAUAAACUCGGCAAAUGUGAUUUUCGAUCACUUUAAAUUUUAUUCAAACCCGACGAUUUAUUACACUACGACUACGAGUACUAAGUCUUUUUUCUGCUAUUACUAGGUACUUUUAAAUCUCGGUCGGUAACUGCACAGGAAAAAGGGUAUUUUACAACGGUACCGAUGGCGUCCAGAAGCAGGCUUAGUAGGAACGAUAAUUCUAUGGCGGAACGGCGGUUGAGACCGAUUUAUGAAUGGAUAGACAACGGAAAUUAUAAAAAGGCUUUGCACGAGUUGGAUAAAUUAAUAAAAAAAUUACCCAGUCAAAAUUGUUCCAAAGCGCUGAAGAGUUUAACCUUAGUCCGACUUGGAAAAGACCAAGAGGCAGAAACAUUGUUGAAAGAAGUAAGAGAAUGCAAGCCAUCUGAUGAAUCAACAUUGCUUGCGUUAACAGCUUGCUAUAGAGAGUUAAAAAAACCUCAUAUGGUAUGUGAAGUAUACGAGGAUGCUUUACUCCAAGAUCCAGUCAACGAAGAAUUAUUGUCUAGUCUUUUCAUGUCUUACGUUCGUGUUUGUGAUUACAAAAAACAACAGCAAACUGCACUAGCUCUCCAUAAAGUUAAACCAAAUAACCCAUAUUAUUUUUGGGCCAUAAUGAGUAUUGUUAUGCAGGCGUAUCAAGCAAAUGAUGAAAUAUCAAAAAGAAUUACUCUGCCAUUAGCAGAACGAAUGGUGCAAAAAUAUAUUAAUGAAGACAAAAUUGAUGCUGAACAAGAAAUUCAAUUGUAUUUGAUGAUAUUAGAUAUGCAGAAAAAAUACAAAGAAAGUUUAGAUAUUCUUAAUGGACCACUUGGUGAUAAGCUACAUCGAACUGUUGGUCUCACGCGGAAAAAAAUUGAUAUUUACUUUGAAUUGGAAAUGUAUGGUGAAGCAAACUCAUACCUAAAAAGUUUACUUCUUAAAGACAUAGAUUCAUGGAUUUACUAUACUAAAUAUUAUGAUUCAUUAUUUAAAAUAAUUGAAUCUAAGGAUAAAUACUUAAACUGCAAUGGGGAUACUAAUUGUUUACCUCACUUUGACUCAUCUAUAGAAGAAGCAUUAUUGUUUUUAAAUGAAUUACAAAAAUUAAAUUCUGAGCAAAACUAUCCUCAAAGAGGAGUUUACCUCGCUCGCCUUGAAUUAUAUUCUAGAUUAAAAGAAAAUGCUAAUAAAUAUAUGGGUGAUGCUAUCAAUCUUUUAACCGAAUAUUUUAAGAUAUUUGGACAAAAGCCAUGCUGUUUUUAUGAUCUAAGACCAUAUAUGUCACUUUUAAAAGAAGAAUUACUCGAUGAGUUUUUGAAGAUAUUGGAUGAAAUUGUUAAUUUGAAAGAAGGAGAAUUCCCAAAAACUAAAUCUCAAAUGGAAUGUUAUUUAUCAUAUCUCCAAUUAGCCAGACAUGUUGGAAUUCAUGAUCUCAUGAACACCGAAGAAAAGUUAAAACUUGCUGAUCGUUUACUCAGAUGCUAUCAUAGAUGUGAAAUAUUUAAUAAUAGCAAAAGAUCUUCAGAAAUAAUGGCAAAUGACACUUUUGUUAUAAUAAUGGCACAUUUAAUGUAUGACAUUUGGGUUGAAAAUAAUAGACUCACAUAUAUAAGGGAAGCAACUGUUGUACUUGAGUAUGCAUAUGCUCUAAGUCCCUCAAAUUUCCAUAUAAAAUUGUUAUUAUUAAAAUUCUACCAUAUGUUAGGAGCCUCUGAUGCGUCAAAUUUAGCAUAUAUAAAUUUAGAAAUAAAAAAUACUCAGUUGGAUUCAUUAGGUUAUUUACAUACUUUUCAAAUGUUCAAUGAAGGUCGUUUCCAGAAUGCAUCUAAACUGUAUGCUACAACUAUCAGAUUCUUCUCACAUAAUUAUCGAGAGGUCGCAGAUCAUUUAACAAUAUCGUACAAAUUUGGAUCUUUUAUCAAAAUUAUUGAAUUUGUGGAAUUUAGAGAAAAACUUAAAUAUUCUAUUCAUCAUUCUAUGUGUCUUGUAGAAAACUAUUUCAUUUCGUUACUUGAUGUUGAUAAUUUGGAUGAUUGUUUAGAGAUUAUAUUAAAAAUGAAUGAUGUGCCUGAAAUUGCUUCAAAAUCUCAACUCAAAAAAAUGAUAAAUAACCGAGACUAUUCGGUAUUAAUAAAUUACAAUCCUCCUACACGAUGCUUAACUACAGAACAUUCAAAUCAAAUAUUUUCUCAUGAUUUGCGUUUACUGGAAAUCCGUGCUGUUUUGCUAAGUUGUAUUUAUUACAGUGCAAGAAUGAUUAAACAAUUUAGUACUCAACAUUUUAAAACACCUUCAGAAGUAAAUGGACUUAAUCCUGAUGAUGAAUCUCUCAAUUCAAAUGACUUCGAUCAAUUGAAUUUCCAUUUGAAAACAUUGAAAACUCUUAACACUCAAUUGGAAAGCGAUCCUCCAAUUCCAGUUCCUAAUAAUGUAUUUGGAAGUUUUUUUGGAUCUAAGUUAUUUGGUUUGGAUAAAUCUAAGACUAUGUUGACAAUUGUCAUCAACUUCAUUGAAUUUAUACAAACAAUAGGAUCAGAUGUAAAAACUUCCGUUUCUACGGAUGAUGAAUGGACAGCAAAGAUGAAAACUAAUGCUAAUGAACUAACUAUUGCAUUUGAUAAAUCAAUUACAUAUUGUAAAUUUGUUAUUUCAAAAACAAUAAAUGAAAUAGAUUCUAGUCUAAAAUUAGAAGGAAGAAAAGAAGUAUUAGAAGUACUUACAAAUAUGAUAGAUACUUUGAACACUUCAUGCAUAUUUCUUUCUCUAGCAACAUAUUUUAUAAAAAGUUAUCAAAACAAAAUAGUUUCUGAUCCAAAGAAAAUUAAAGCUAAACGAAAAACUUAUUCUACGCCCUAUAAUCCUGAGAAUCAAUAUAAAGGUAAAUCAGAAAUUUUACGUGAGGUUAUUAAAACUGUUCAAAACAGCACUAGUCAUAUUCUUGUUUGUGUAAAGAAUGUUGAAGAAGCAUGGAAUCGUAUGGGAUGUGGUAAUUCCAAUGCAUUGAUGUUAAAAAAACAUGAUACCGACUAUACAAUUAAUGAUACUGAUGAAGGAAAAGAAGCUGACAAAAUAAGACAGAUCACAGCUGAUAGGUGGCGACAGUUAGUGGACACUAUUGAUAAGAAGAUUAGUGACAGUUAUAGUGGUGCGUUAGAUGAAAUGAUAAAAAUAUUAAUUAAGAAACAAACACAAAUCAACAAACUACCAUCAUUUUAAAUGGUAAUUUAUAAUUUUAAGAAUACAUGUAAAUAUUUUAUAUUUAUCAAAUAAAUUGAUACCUAAAAAUAUAUGAAAAUGUAACUAUGCUUUGAAUUUUAGUUAAUGUAUUUACUAUUGACUAAUUACCCUUAAUAUUUAAGGUGACAACAUUGUAUUAAUUAAAACACUAUUUACGACUUAUCUAACUUGAUUUUAUCAAUAUAAUUGUUAUUUAAUUUCUUAAAUAAAUAACUACUGUUUUACAUUUUUUGGAAAUAGACUAUCAAAAAAUACAAUUAUAUAAAAGACUAAUUAAUUAUUUUGGUUAUUAUGUCAUAGUAAACCAUUACUAUUAAAAACCUUAAUUUUUAUAAAUAAUGAGUUUAAUUAAUAAAUAAUUCAGUCAGAAUUGUGUAUGAAUAAACAGAAUAUAUAUUUUGAUAUGAUAUACAUUUUUGCAUGGACGUUUCAUUCAUAUUACAUAUUGCCAAAAUUGAUUUAUUAAAUUGUAAAAAAAAAAAUAACUUUAGUAACUAUCAAAACCUUAAAGUACAAAUAUUUGUAUAAAUCAUCUUGGCCCACAUAGUAUGUUUUGAAUGUUAAAAACUAAAAAAUAAUCUGAUCACUUAAAAAAAUGUCUAAAUUUUAUGUUUUGUACAAAUCUAAUUACUUAACUAUAAUUUACAUUUUUUCCAACAUCAUUUUAUAAUAAAAUACUUACAAAAUAUUGCGAAACCAAUAUAUCGUAUGUAGUUAAUAUCGCCAGUAUUAAAUAUAACAGUAAUUUAAUUUUAAUAUAAUAUAGAACAUUAAUAUAAACUAUAAACAAUUUUAUAUAUAUCAACAUAUAUAAUAUUGUUAUAUUAAUAUACAGGAUGAUAAUUUUAUCAAACAACACUCAUUAUUUCAAAAAGUAUUAAUGUUUUUGAAAAUAUUUUUUUACAUAGUUUAUAAUUGUUAAAAAAUUGACGUUUUUAUUAAAAAUUUAUAUUUUUAAAUAUUUUUUAUCCUUAUAAUUUUUUAAGUUUUUACUUUUUUGAAUGAGAACAUAGUGUUUUAAUUUCAUAUUCCAAAGCAGAAUAAUUUCCUAAGUAUAUAGAUACAUAAAAUUUGAAUUUAGGGUGAGUAGUUAAUGAGUUCUACUUAUUUAAAGUUUAGACAAGCAGAGUAGGGGACAAACAUUUUGCGGGGUAACCCCGUACCACUCCACUCCGCGCAACUAAACUUAAAAUACGUAAAAACUUAAAAACUCAUAAACUACUCGCCCUAAAUUCGAUUAUUAUGUAUCAAAAUACUCAAAAAAUUAUUCUGCUUUGGAAUAUGAAAUUAAAAAUCUAUGUUGUCAUUCAAAAAAGUAAAAAAAUUAUACGGAUAAAAAAUAUUUAAAAAUAUAAAUUUUUAAUAAAAACAUUGUUUUUUUAACUAUGUUAAUUAUAAACUAUGUAAAAAAAUAUUUUCAAAAACAUUAAUAGUUUUUGAAAUAAUGAGUGUUGUUUGAUAAAAGAAUCACCUUGUAUAAUAGUAUUGAUGAAAAUGGUAAAAAUAUGUAUACUAAUUCAUGUAAGUAAAUAUUAAACGCAAUACUUUGAUCAAAUGUAUAUGAGGCAAUACAAAGUGACUGAGGAUAAAAAAACAACAUAUAAAUGAAAGAUUUAACUAUGGAUUUGUUCAUUUACUUUUUGCUCAACAUCCUUCAAUCUAUUAAUUUAUAAAUGGUUUGAGACGUCAAUAUAGGUAUAUAUUAUAUAUUUAUAUAUAUUAUAAUAUAAUGUAUAUAAUAGGUUUACUAUCUGGAAUCAAAAUAAGUCAGAGUAUAGUAAGAAAUCCAAAUAUGCCAAGGAAUAAAAAGUAUAAGGCAGUCAGUUAGGCUGAAAAAGUAAAAAAGUAGUUAAAGAUUACUCAAAUUAAGAAUUCAAAGGUUGGUUUUAACUUAUUGCAUUUAAUAUCUACUUAUAUUGAUAAAUAUGUAUAUAUUUAUACAUACAUAUUUUAUUUUUUCUACUUACAUCAAUGUUAUUAUAUUAUACAUAUUUUUAUCAAUACUGCUUUACAUUAAUAUAACAAUAUUAUAUUAUAUUUUAUACUAGCGAUAUAUAUUCCAUGCUAUAUAUUGGUCUACGAUAUUUUGUCGGCAUACAUUUUAUUAUAUGUUUGUUAUUUUAUAAAACCUGUAUUCUUUAAAUUUUCUUUUUCCUUUCAUUAUAGUUUUAUGGUUUAUUUAUAUUUAGUAUAAACUAAAACUUGUAUAAUAAAAAAGGAUGUUUUAAAUGCCUACUAAACUUCUAAAGUAAUCGAUUAUUUUUAAAAUUUUGAUUAUAUAAAUAUGUAUUCAACUUAAUAAUGUUAGUUUUUAAAGUAGAUUGGCCAAUAUUCAAUAUCAUUACUAAUCCUUUUAAUAAACCUGUUAUAAUUAAUUAUAUUAUUACUUAUUAUCAAUGGUAAUGGUUUAAUCAUGAUUUAUUAUUGAUGAAUAUGUUUUAAUUUGUUAAACUUGAAUUUUUAGUUUUUUAUCUGGCAAAAUAAAUAUAACAUUUCUACACACUUUAGAAUAAAAAUAUUUCCAAUAAAUAAUGAACAAAAAUGUAUUAUUAUGAAAAUGGUUUUAUUAUUCAUUUUAUAUAUAUAUUUGUAUAUUUUAUUAUAAUGACAUUAUUAUUAUUAUAUUUAUCAUCUAUCAUUAAAAUGUAUGAAAUGAUAAAGAUAACUCAUGGACUAUUUAAUAUUUAGAUUUAUUAUGCUUGUGCAAAAUUAAUUUGUUUAUAUUAAAUUAAAUCUCAUUCUUAUUCUAAAUUAUAUAUUAUAACACUGUUUAAUUUCAAAAUGUAAUAGUCUUAGAGAUAAUGUAGAACAUCAAUUUUUAAGAUUUUAAUAACUAACUUAAAAAAUUUAUUUCUUAUUUGGUUUAAUACAAUCAAUAUUUUUCCAACAAACUAAAUUAUAUUUAUUCAAUUUUUUUUUUAAAUGAUUAUUGAAAAUUCUUAAAAUGCAGGUUACUUUAAAAUUUAACAGACUGAAAAUGUGUAUGACUGUAAUGGAUUAAAAAGAGUAAAAAUUAUAUUAUUAUUUUAUUUUAGUGAAUAAAAUUAUCUUUGAAUUAUAAAUAAUGAUAUAAUGUAACAUACACAAAUACACAAUUUUUACAAUUAAUUCUUUGUACAUAAAUAUUUGUGUCAAAUUUACUUUAUAAUGUUUCUAUAAUAAUAUUAUGUAUAUAGUAUACACAUGAACUGAAUAAUAAAUUGUAAAAUGUAAUAAAAUAAAUUCACCUAUACUCUAUCCUACUAUCCAGUGAGCCAGUGAGGUAACAUACUGCAAACCAACAAAAAUCUGUUUAUUAUAUCCCUAUACAACACCCUACGCCUACCAUAGUAGAAUCUGUCUCGAUGGCAGGAUAUUGAGUAAUUAUAUUUCAUAAUCGAAGUGUAUACUGUCUAGAUAUAGUAUUUUAGUGUUUGUGUUCAGUACUUUUAUUAAUUAGGUUAAAAUUGUAAUAUAUAAAUGAUUUUUAUGAAAUUUACCGUUUUGUUAAUCAAUUACUUAUUGUUAUUUGUUUGUUUUAAAUUAUUAUUAUUUAUUUUUUUUUUUGUAUAUCAAUAAAAUUAUAUUAAAAUAUAUUAUGUAAAAUAUGCCAAUA